AAUGUCACAGAACGGCUACUCCUCUUCCCCAUAAUUCGAAAUUUGAACCACCACUUCCCCAUUAGAGUACAGAAACGCUCUCGUUGUUCUAGGGUUUGAUGGUAGAAAGUUUUAUCUUCUAUUAGCAUUUACUUUAUAUUCUGAAAAAAUGGUCAAAAAACUCGGAAAUUCGGAUUGUAUUUCCCCAUUGAUAAUUGAUUUAUCUUCUUCACCCCCUUCUGAGCAGGGAACGGCAUUAAGGCCUGUAUUUUGCCUCAAAAAGAGAGAGCAAUUGAAGGAAUUUGAAGAGAAAGAGGAUUGCUUUAUCCUUGAUUUUGAUCCUUAUGACCCCGUCGAUAUUUCAAAGCUCUCUGUUUCUAAGAAUCUUGAUGCUUCUGACCUCUCGGUUAUCGCUGAAAAAGGCCAGGUGGCAUGUAGAGAUUACCCGCAUUCAAGGCAUGUUUGUGUGAAACAUCCGUUUGACAAAACACCUCACGAGAAUUACUGUGAACUGUGUUAUUGCUAUGUCUGUGAUGUGGCUGCUCCUUGCAAAAACUGGACUGGGGUUUCAGCCCAUUGCCAUGCCAUGGAUAAUGAGGCUUGGAAGAAUCAGAGAAAAGCCACUAGGGAGUAGCUGAUCUGAUGAAUUACCAUUCUACAUUUUCUACCAUAUGUCUUCACUAGACUAAUAAUUUUUGUGCUUCUUAUUUGCAAAAGAGGUCUUUGACUGUGGUAUAGUUAACUACCUAGUUAUGAUCUGAGGUUUAGUUGAAUACGACGUCUGUAUUCAAAUGUCUCUCAAAAUGAAGCUGCUUUUUUGUAGAUAUUUUGCUGAUGUAUGUAGUUAUUUUUUGGGAUGAACAUGUAGUAGUAUAUUAGUAUAUGAAAUGAAGUUAGUACAAGUUUAAGCGCUUCAAUUUCAGUGGA